AUGCAUAUUACAUGUCUUUUGGCAUUUGCUGAAUUUAUGGUAUCGGCGCGACAAUCAUGGCAUGGAACUAUCGUUCUUAUCUUUCAGCCAGCCGAAGAACGAGGUACAGGUGCUCAAAGUAUGGUCGAUGAUGGACUAUACGAUCCCGAAAGACACAAAAUUCCUAUUCCUGACGAAGUCCAUCCUAGUGAACACGCAGUUGUUACGUGCGCAAGUUUCAUUUCUGGCUCGACUACUGCAGAAAAUGUGGUUAGCGACGAUGCGACGAUCACAAUUGAUAUUCGCGCAAAUGACAAGACUACAAGACAGAAACUUUACAAUGGAGUUCUGCGGAUUGUCAAUGCUGAAAGCGCAGCGUCCAAUGCAGUCGUCGAACCGACAAUUACUCCAACUCGGUCGUUUCCCGUAACCUAUAAUAAUGCCUCCGUUACUGAAAGAGUAGGCAAAGUUUUUCGCGAUCAUUUCAGGCCGAUGAAAGUUGUGUUGCAGACUACCCUAAGCUUAGAUUUAGUGAAAAAAUUUGCACCCUCGCGUCUGCUGUUGAAAGACCUUCUCUUUUAUUCGCCUAUGGUUGUACGUCUCCCGAGAAAUUUUGACCUGGCUCAAAAAGAAGGGACAUUGGCGGAGAGCAUACCAGGAAAUCACAGUUCUCUCUUUGCCCCACAAAUUUUCCCUACGAUGCAAAUAGGUAUAGAUGCAUAUGCUUUGAGCGCCUUAGCGUGGCUAUCAAAAGAACAAGAGGACAAUUGGAGCAGCUUAGGAGGUUAA